AUGAAGUCCGCCGCGGUGCUCUUGGCUGGGCUGCUGGCUCUGACUGCCUAUUAUGUCUACUUGCCGUUGCCCAACACCGUCUCGGAGCCGUGGCGGCUGAUGCUGCUGGAUGCUUCGUUCAGGGUGGCUCAGCAAUCGGUAAGGCGGGGGACCCCCCCGGCACCUCCUUUCUUCCCAAGCUAAACCCCUCUGUACCCCCUCCAUCUCUCUCUCCCACCGCCACCACCUUGGGUUAGGAAGAUAACGGCAAGCGCCGCGCGGAGCGCAUUGGCGAUCGUCCCCGUCGGAUCUCCGCGAUCGCUUGAAGCAAAAAUAACCGCUUCAGGGUCUAGAUAGGCGGGGAUCUUCUGCCUCUUUUGGGGGGUGGCUUUGAAAGCAUCUCUCAAGCGGAUGUCGGCGGCGAUGCUCAGCUCGCGCCGCGGUGCUGCAGUGAGAGCCGCGGGGCGCGCACCUAGGCGUGUGUUUGCUGUGCGUAAUGGAGAAAUCGGCGCUUUCCUUCCGUUUCUUUCCUCCUUCGCCGGCGACGUUUCAGCGUAUCUCUUUUCUAAAAAUGGGGGUGGUGGGCGCUUCCUCCUCCCACCCACCCCCUUUUGCACAAGGUUAGCGAAAAGGGAACCGCGGGGGACGGCCAGCCUUUAAAAUACAGCAAAGCAGCCGUUUCAGCGCCGGGCAAACUGGGCUCUCUCGCCUGACGCAGCAGAUCGCGCUUGGUUCGUUCCGCUUUUCCAGCCUCCUCUCUCGCGGUCCCACCCCAGGCGCCCUUUUACGAUCCACUGCGGCUCAUGCCUCGUGGGAAGGGCAUUGGAGGCGCUGCUCUGAACUGUUAAUAUUAUUUAUUACAUUUGUAGACCGCCCUUGCUCCGAAGAUCACAGGGCGGUGAACAGCGUGAAAAUACAAAACGUGAACGCAAAAUACAUAACGAAACAAACAAAAUAAAAGCAUUAACCCGCCCCAGUCUUCUUUCAUGUAAUCCAGGACAGAACUUGUGGCCCUCGGGAUAGGAAGGCCUUGAGAGCUUCUAAAGGUCCUGGGUUCAAUCCCAGGCAGCUUCUGGUAGGGCUGGGACAUACUCCCUUGUCUGAAACCCUGGAGAGCAGCUGCCAGUCAGUGUAGACAAUAUGUGCUUUAUUUUUCUUACUUUUUAAAAUAUCCAUUCUUUCCUUCAAGGGGCUUUAGGUGGUGUAGUUGUUCUCCCCCUCUCCAUCUUAUCCUCAACAACAACAACAACCCUGUGAGGUAGGUUAGGCUGAGAGUUGACGCCUGGCUCAAAGUCACCCAGGGAGCUUCACAGUCAAGUGGGAAUUUGAAUCUUAAGAACAUCUGGGGUGGGCAAAGGGGCUCCCACCCCUGCUGUAGUUCCUCUACGAUGGGCAUGUUUAGAAAUGACCUCCUGAUUGUUAGGAAUGGGAGACCCUUUCUGACAUGCAUGUGCAUUUUCUAAAGGGGAUUUAAGGUGUCUUGCCUUGUUCAGCUGCAAAAAAAAUUUCUUCGUUGUAUUCCUGAGUUGCCCCAUAGCCAGGUGUCUCUGUGCAAUAAAAAGCAUGUAUUAAAAACAUUUUAAAAACCCAAUGCCCAAAUUGCAAAGAGCUCAAAACACCUAACUGGCACUAUCAUAUCGCCCAGCCUUCUCCAAUCUGAUGUCCUUCAGGUUUUUAAGCUGCAAUUCCUAUCAGUCCCAGGCAGCAUGUUCUUUAAAAAUGUAAAAAGCUUGAGAUAAGGAAGAGGCGUUUGUCUGAUGCUGGAAAAUACAUUUACACAAGUGCUAUGCAAGCCUCUUUGGGGUGAGUAGUCUACAAUUGCAGGGGUAACAGGACAGUGCCAGAAAUGCCCCCUGUCUUGUGUCUACCCUCCAUACUUCAGCUUCAGGGUGUACGCAGAGCAGGGCCGUCUUACCAUAGGCGCUAGGGGUGCUGGGCGCCGGGCUGUAAGGGGCGCCAGGCCAAGAGUCCAGGGCCCGAGAGUUGAGUCCAGGGAAGAGCCCACCAGUCAGUCGGAUCACCACGGCAGGCUCUUCUGCUGCGGGUGUCUCUGUACCACAAGUUCAGGGGCAACCAAGCCAGAGAGGCACUGAGGCGGCUGGCCAGCUCUGCCCUCCUGCGCACCUGUGACUGGGCAACCGGGGGGGGGGCGCCGGGCAGAUCUUUGCACCCCAACGCUGCAUAUGCUUAAGACAGCCCUGAAACAGAGUAUACACCUAGGGCAGCGUCUGUAAAGGUAAAGGGACCCCUGACCAUUAGGUCCAGUCGUGACCGACUCUGGGGUUGCGGCGCUCAUCUCGCUUUAUUGGCCGAGGGAGCCGGCGUACAGCUUCCGGGUCAUGUGGCCAGCAUGACUAAGCCACUUCUGGCGAACCAGAGCAGCGCACGGAAACGCCGUUUACCUUCCCACCGGAGCGGUACCUAUUUAUCUACUUGCACUUUGACGUGCUUUCGAACUGCUAGGUUGGCAGGAGCAGGGACCGAGCAACGGGAGCUCACCCCGUCGUGGGGAUUCGAACCAGUGACCUUCUGAUCGGCAAGCCCUAAGCUCUGUGGUUUAACCCACAGCGCCACCAGCAUCCCUAGGGCAGCGUCUGUAGAUCUUCCUUAUCACCUGGUUUCCCUAUCUGAAGCAUCUUUUCCUUCCAGACAUACUCUAGUAAACUAUGUUGGUUUGAGAGGCCUUCCUUCCAAAUGGCAUUGCCAUUUAUUUGUUUAUUUGAAAUAUUUCCCUGCACUGCUGCCUAGCCCAAGCUCCCAGGUGACCCACAAACCCAGAAAUCCAAGACAAAGCAAUGAAACCCUUUGACAGAUAACAAACACAUUUUGCAUCUCGUCUGGUCUGCUUGAAAAAAGGAUGUCAGUUGGUGGUGUUCACGUUUAAAAUAUGUGCCCUUUGUAGUUUUUAAGCUGUGCUCCAGGGAAUGCUGGGGGUGGGGUCUGGAAGCUGAUCAGAGAUCCCUUGGUGCAAAGAUGAGCAAUGGCUUAAGAGCUCUGCAACAGACUGCUUUCUCCGCCAGAACUAGACUUCCUGCUCAUACAACAGGAAGGGGGAACCUGUGGCCUCACCACUCAAGGCCAACAGCUGUUCUGGCAAGGACUGAUGGGAAUUGGAGUCUCACAACAUGUAGAGGGCCACAAGUGCCCAAGAAUAGCAUGGUUGUGUGUGUUUUAAAAGAUCACACACUCUGUUUAUGUGAUGCAUUGUCUUAUAUGAAAUGAAUGUAUUUUCUAGCAAACUUUCCCCAUGGCACAAUCAGGCCAAGACUUAACUUCAGUGUUCCGCUUAGCAAUAGGGCACACACACACACACACACACACACACACACCAGCCCUACAAUGCAGCCUUGCCAUAUUCAUCUUAUUUAUUUAAUGGAAUUUGUAGAUUGCUUAAUUGUAAAAACCUCUAAGUGGUUUACAUGAAAUUAUUGAUAAAAGCCCAAAGUUAAAACAAGCUGGACCAAAACAAAACACAAAACCAAAAUAAAACCAGCAGUUAAUAAAAUAAGAUUUUAAAACACAUGUCAACUUUACAUAUCUGGGGAGAGACUUGGCUAAAAAAAAAGGUCUUUUGCAGGUGCUGAAAAUAGUACAGCAAAGGAACUUGUUUAAUAUCAAAGGAGCUGCCACACUGAUGGAUCAGUCUCUUGGAACUGCAGAAUAAACAUUUUGUGGCGCUUGUAAAAGUGCCAGUUCUGCAAAGUGAAGUGGUCAAUUAGGCAUAUAUGAGGUAAGUUGAUCCUUUUAAGUAAACUGGCUUCAAGUACUUAGCAAUAUGCAUUACCAUUGAAACAAGACCUGUAGCCAUAAGACUAUAAAGCGCAUAGCCUAACAUCACAGAACAGCACCACUGGGCUUCCAGAAUCCUCUGCUAGACAGAGAGGUUGCUCACCAGAUGUACUGAUGCAAAGACAGUUUCAUGAAAAAAAUAAAAAUUUGUAAACCAUUGAAAUAACCAAUGUUGAAGGGUGCAUUCGACACCUUUCCUUACCCCGUCCCACCCUUAAACAUGGUUGCAGGCGUAGAACUGGUUUGUAAACCUGAAAGGCAGAAUUGUUUCCUGCUUGCAUUCCUUUGGUGAGGGCAAACAGGUGACCCAGGCUGCUUGACUAGCCUUCUCAAUGGCUUAAACUAAUAGAAGAAAGCCAUUCAUAUGGCAUGAAUAAAUGCAGGCUGCGCAGAGCGUGGCUGCACCAUGUACAAUUAUUCCCUCCAUUUCUGAAGUUCUGGGGUGAGUGUGGAUCAUGAUAUAGCCAAAUUGGCAACACCCAUGCCCAAGGAGGAGAUAUCUUCAGGCUGGGGAGGGGACUGCCAAGGGAGGAAGCGAGGAAUAUAAAUUUAAAUGAAUAAAUAAAUACGAAUUGGGGAGGGGGGAACCCGAGAGACUUUCCAGCGAGGACUGGCAUGCUCAGUCGACAUGGAAAACGGUUGGGAGCAGUGUUAGAAACUGAGAUGUGAAAGCUAGGAGCUAAAUGGCACCUUAAACCUAGGUUAUGGGCACAGCAAUGGAAUGUCUAGGCACAGAGGGGGAGCGGGUGGCUCUGUGGGCUAAACCUCUUGGCUUGCCAAUCCGAAGGUUGGCGGUUCGAAUCUCCAUGACGGAGUGAGCUCCCGUUGCUCUGUCCCAGCUUCUGCCAACCUAGCAGUCCGAAAGCACACCAGUGCAAGUAGAUACAUAGGUACCACUGCGGCAGGAAGGUAAAUGGCGUUUCUGUGCCCUCUGGCUUCCAUCACGGUGCUCUGUUGUGCCAGAAGCAGUUUAGUCAUGCUGGCCACAUGACCCAGAAAGCUGUCUGUGGACAAAUGCCGGCUCCCUCAGCUGGAAAAGCGAGAUGAGCGCUGCACUCCAUAGUUGCCUUUGACUGGACUUAACCAUCCAGGGGUCCUUUACCUAGGUGCAAUUUUUUAAUAACAAGGAUACAAAGCUGAAAAUGAAUGAGCUGCAGCUAAAAUAUUACGUUCGUUUUUCACCUGGUCUAGUCCUUCCCCUGCCCACCCCCCUAAUAUUCUUAAGAGGGUCUCUUCUCCAGUCUUCAAGAGAGUAGCUGGAGGUGGGGAGGCAGAAAAAGGCCCUCCUUUCCUUCUACUCUGCAGCUUUAAUGUGAGAUCUUAGGCACAGCACUGCGCCCAGAGCUCAGAAUCUGCUCAUGCUAAUGAAAUCCCCUGUUGCAAAAUGCGCCUAGAACAAUGAGGGUUUUGAACACUGGUUGGGAGAAAGAAAGGACAAUGGAAAGGGGGGAAUGAAAUGGGGUGUCAUGAAAAAGUGUGAGUCUGGUUGGCUGAAUAGAAUCACUCCCAAAUGCAGUAUUUUGUUAUAGGCGUUGCUUCCAUGCAUCAAUAGCCAUUAAUAGAGUUAUCCUCCCGUGAAUUUCUCUAGUCCUCUUAUUAGCUACUAUAAUUAUGCUUUGUUUAUCAGGUAUGUACACUGUCAUUUGCUUACUCUUCUGCGGUAAGAAAGAACUAGGGCAGGGGUGGAGAAAGUGUGGCCUUCCAGAUGUUGCCGAACUAUAGUCCCCCUAAGCCCACCAAGCCUGGUCAGUCACCAGGGAUGAUGGGAGUUCUAGUUCAGUAAGAUCUGGAGGGCCAAAGGUUCCCCACACCUGGACCUAGGGGAAGGGCCAUAGCUCAGCAGUAGAGGGAAUGCUUUGCAUACAAAAGAUCCCUGGUUCAGUCCACGGUCUCUCCAAGUAGGACUGGAGAGACUUCUGUUGGAAACUCUUAGAGAGCUGCUGCCAGUCAGUGCAGGAUAUACUGAGCUGCAUGGGCAAAUGCUCUGACUUGGUGGAGGUGCAUGCAUGCAUACGCACCCUCCCGUGAACCAUGCUUUUGUUGCACUACAAAUGACUUAGGUCUGGCCUAUAAAUAUCACAGAAUGAGGUAGAAUGGACUGCUCCACUUUGGCCUGCAGGUGCAGGAGUCACAUUUUAGAAUGGACUCCUGUGUUGAAAACCAGCACAACAGGGCUGCAGCCUUUCUCAGCCUUGGGUCCCAGAUGUUUUUGGCCUGCAACUCCCAUCAUCCCUAGCUAGCAAGGCCAGAGCUCAGGGAUGAUGGGAGUUGUAGUCCAACAACAUUUGGGGACCCAAGGUUGAGAAACACUUAGGUUUUUUUUCUUAGGCUUUGCUUAUUUUUUUUCCUUCCUUCCUUCCUUUCUUUCUUUUCUAUACUACCCUUCAUCCAAAGAUCACAGUGGCUUUCAAUAUGAAAGCACCAAAAAUACAUAUCAUAAUUCUGUGUUUCUCAAACCAGUGUCUCCAGCUUUUGUUGGACUACAGCUCCCAUCAUCUCUAGCUACCAGGACCAGUGGUUGGGCAUGAUGGGAGUUGUAGUCCCUCACUGAAUUAGACCAAGGGUGCACUGAAUCAGCAUUGUGACUUCAACUUCGGCUGAUGAGAGUCGUCCCCCCCACCCCAUGCAGGAAGCUCAGAAUCAGGGCAUGAUUCUGACCUAUCCUGGGUCAGAAUUUAUUGACCUAUCCUGACCUCAUCUGGCUCGCCUCUUUGGUCCUAGAAUUAAACGGAUCACAGCAUGCAAAUUCUUAGCUGCGUUGCCUUCCUAGGUUUCUGACAGCACAAGGCAAUUGACUGAGACCAACCAGCAAGAGAAGUCUGGCUGAGGACCCCCAAAGUCCUUUUCGCUGCAUCCAUGCUGUUAUCGAAAACUGGAAUAGCGACUUUGCAAGGGCACCUGAAAUUUGUUCUGUACCUGCAACUUAAUUCCUUCCUGGGACACCUUCAGCCUGAUGAGAUCUACAACAAUAAGCUGCGUCGUCUUUGUUUAGGGAGGUAGCAGCCGUAAUCUGCUUUGUUCUGGGAUAAGCUGGUGCGGCAGGGGCUUGGGAGCACGUGGAUCACCUUGCUUUUGGCUCAGGCGAAUUAUGUCUAGCAUUUGCUAUAAUGGAGCAUGAUGGAAGAGGGGUUAAGUCCAUUAGGAGAACAUCUGGGGAUUGGUGGUAAGAGCGCAAGCCUUGCAUGCAAAAGGUUCCAGAUUCAACCUUUGCCAUUUCCAAGUAGGGCUGGAGAGAAGCUCUGUCUGAAACCCUGGAGAGUCGCUCCCAGUUGAUGUAACUGCCUCACUGAGGGAUCGGGAUCCAGAUACUGUGCUCACGUAUUGCUUGCUGUUAUUUCCUUUGCUUUCCUCCCUCUGAAGGCUGUUCUACCCAUUAGAUUGCGGGUGGGUGGCAAACCUGUCUCAGCCUGAGGGCUGCACUUCCUUCCAGGGCAGUGUGCCACUGGUGAGCAAGGACAGAGGCAGGUUAUUUUGGACAAUAUAUUGAUAUUAUCGCCCAGCCCUAUCUUGAAUAUCUCAUUUGGAAGGUUUCCAAACCUCCUCCCCCGAACACCCCAAGAUAAGACUUUGCAAUUAUCACCACUUUUGUUGUUAAAACAGCAAACCCUUAGAUUACUGGGUGAAAGGGCAGUUUUAUCAUAUGAUAUAUUUCUUGCUUUCGGGUGAAUAUAAAAAAAACACACACAACCUUUUGCAUAAUUUGUAUGGCUAGACAGUCAGCAGAGCUGGGUAAUCUCUGCCCUCAGUCGAACCCCAAAGGGAGAAAGUAUUGGGACAAAGGGGAGCAGGCUGCAAGCACAUUCAGAAAUAGGUGAAAGUUCAGUGGCUGCAUUUAAAGAAAUAUAAAACCAUCUGGCACUGUCCAAAGGCAACAGGGAAAGGAGUCGAGCUCUGUAGAACUACUGUUUCAGUUAUUAGCAGGCUUUGCCAUAUGGAAGAGCAACAUAAAGAACAGGUUUGAAGUCCAUAUUGUGAUAUAUGUUUCAUAGUUUUUGACCUGGCAAUAUAUCACAAAUCAUGAUGUGUGUUACGGCUGGGUGAUAUAUCACCCUAAACCGGUUUCAGGUCCAUAUCAUAUUGGUUUCAAAAAAAAUUGACCAUUCAAUGUAUUGUGAAUCUUCCUGUGUGUACUAGGCAAAAAACACAAUGUGGGGGAAACCGUGAAGCCAGCCAGUGUCUCUAUAUAGCUCCAUCCUUAUUUCAGACAUUGUGAUAUAUCAGUAUACUGUGAUGUUUAGCUGGUGAUAUAUAACAAUGUUGAAAACCAGAUACAGUGGUGCCUCGCAAGACGAAUGCCUCGCAAGACAAAAAACUCGCUAGACGAAAGGGUUUUUUGAGCUGCUUCGCAAGACAAUUUUCCCUAUGGGCUUGCUUCGCAAGACGGAAACGUCUUGCAAGUUUGUUUCCUUUUUCUUAACACCGUUAAUACAGUUGCGACUUGACUUCGAGGAGCAACUCAUAGAACGCGGUGUGGUAGCCUUUUCUGAGGUUUUUAAAGACUUUGGUGAUUUUUGAAGCUUUUCCAAAGCUUUCCCGACACCGUGCUUCGCAGGACGAAAAAAAUCGCAAGGCGACAAAACUCGCGGAACGAAUUAAUUUCGUCUUGCGAGGCACCACUGUAUCACCCAGCCCUAAGUAUAGGUUGUUUGGAUUGUACAAAGUGACAAGUGCCAUUUUUCUAUUUGAAAUAUAUAAACAAAACUCCUCAUGCAUAAGCUCCUUAAGGUUUGCACUUAUGGGACAUGAUCCAUCAGGAAAUUCUCUUGUGCUGGGAAAGUUGUCAGGAGAGUGAGCCCUUGGCAUGGUGCAGACAUCACAAAAAGCAAAAAGAAAGCUCCACAGGACUGUGAGCAUGCAGGCUCCCAGAGAGGAGCUCGCAGCUGCUUUCGCUCCUUCCUGAUCCUUCUCAGUGCCGUGCAAAGCUAAACCAUGGUUUUGCAUAGUGCAGAGGUGGGCAGCUUGUGGUCCUCAGGCUAAUAACAUGUGGGUAGAAAGUAGGGAAAGAAGUGGCAGAAAUAAAUGUAAAAGAAGUGCCCUGCCAACAUUUGGCUCUGGCCUUUGCAGCUCCCAACAGAUUGUUAAAAAGGGAAUGUGAUCCUUGGGGUUCCCUCCCCGUGAUUUAUGUUAUGUGAAUUAUCUUUAGGUCUCCUCUCCCCCUCCAGUGCAGCCAUGAGAAGAUUGGGAGGUUUCGCUUCCAUUUUUACCUAACCAUAGUUUAGCAUUCGGUCUGAACCCAGAUAAGCUGUGGUUAGACUUAACUAUGAUUUGGGCCCUUCAAUUUUAGGGAAACAAGGCCACUUCAGUCUGUGGUUAAUGAAGUUGGCUUGCUUUCAACAAACUGCAAUUGAGCUUAACCACAGUUUAGCGUUUAGAUGGAACGCUAAACUGUGGUUAGUUGAACAUGGAAGUGAAAGUUUCCAAGGAGAGGCCCAAGGUUUGUUCAUGUAAUGCUCAGUCAUAAUUUAGUGUUAAAUUGGAACCCAACCAUUACCUUAUAUGAAUAAUAUGGACAUUGGACAAAAAAUAGGUUUCUUUACUAAUAUACACAAGUUGCUAGUGUAAAUAAUUCUAAUUUAAAUGUUGCCUAUGAUCCUGUGCAUUUGUAUUUUGAAACUAGCCCCACCGUUUUCAGUGAAGCUUCCUCUCAAACUACCUAUGCAUAGAUUGCAGUCUUAGUUGAUACCAUUUUCGAUGUCCCAUAGAAAUCCCUUCCCAGUGUGGCAUAUUAGGAUUUUGCAAAUCUGCUGUUGCUUCUUGCUACCAGUGGUGAAGGGAUCACACAGUGUUUGUAAUGGUGUCUCAAAUUCACACUGGGGUUUUAGCAGAGCAUUCAGUCAACUGCUUUGCUACAUUUCUUUGUUGGUGACUUUGAGAGUGCCAAAGCAUUUGUGUGAAUGGGCCCUAUAUUAGAAGAGCAGUCAUUUGUGUGCACCCAUCGUGUGCUGCUUUUUGAAAAAUGCCGCAGUUAGGCAGCCCUUUCGCUUUAAUACAACUAGGUUUGCCUUAUGACCCUUAAUAAGACAAAGGUAAAAUGGAUGCGGGUGGCGCUGUGGUCUAAACCACUGAGCCUCUUGGGCUUGCCGAUCGGAAGAUUGGCAGUUCAAAUCCCCAUGAUGGGGUGAGCUCCCGUUGCUCUGUCCCAGCUCCUGCCAACCUAGCAGUUCGAAAGCACACCAGGACAAGUAGAAAAAUAGGUACCACUGUGGCAGGAAGGUGAACAGUGUUUCCGUGCAGACUGGUUUCCGUCACGGUGUCCUGUUGCUCCAGAAGCGGUUUAGUCAUGCUGGCAACAUGACCCGGAAAGCUGUCUGUGGACAAACGCCGUCUCCCUCAGCCUGAAAGUGAGGUGAGUGCUGCAACCCCAUACUUGCCUUUGACUGGACUUAACCAUCCAGGGGCCCUUUGCCUUUUACCUUAUGACCCUUAGUUGUGGUUGGAGGAGUACUUUUUAAAAAAAAGUUUUGCAAUUGAUUCGUCACUGACGCGUUACAAAAUCUCUGCUAAAGGUUCACUUCUCUGUUCCUUUGACAUGCCUACUUUAAAAGUCAACAACAAAACAUUCAGGCAGUCUGCCAUAUUUUUGCUCUCAGGCCUUCCUUGAAUCAUUUUAUUGUUUUAGCACUUUGGGCUGUGGGUUUGCUACCCCUGCUUUAGAGCAGGGAUGGGAGGAAUCUUUGGCUCUCCAGACAUUGAUGGAGCCAGCUGGGCUGAUAGCAAGAGACUGGGAGUUGUAGUUCAGGAACAGCUGGAAGGUCGCAGGUUCCCUUUCCUGGCUUUACAGGCAUUGGUAACCUGAUCUCAUGCUGAGGCAGGAAACAUUAACCAUGCAAUCCUAUACGAUCAGCUCACAAUUAAGUUUCAAUGGGACUUACUCCCAGGAAAGCAAGAAUAGGAUUGCAGCCUUUGUGUUGAUGGAGGAAGCAAAUCCACCAGCCAAAGAGGGUCAUUUGAGCUUCUAUUACUUUAGCAAUCCUACUACUUUAGAACAAGUAGAAGGGUUCACACGUCAAGACAUGUUCUUUGGCAAAGUUAAUGUUUACAGGGGUUCUUGCUUCCCUCCAUCUUUCAAACACCGUCCCCCCCUUUUUCAGCUUCAUUUCUCGUUCUUCUCCUUCUAGUGCAAUCUGGUUCAUUUCCUGGGACUUGGCCAUCAUCUGAGAGCCCUGAACUUCUUGAUUGGUGCCUUCGACCAGCUGAAUCCCCAGUCCUCGGAAGGAGUGAAGAUAACAGAUACUCAGUUUGACGGCGUGGAGGUCAGAGUGUAUGAGCCACUGGCGAAAGGAGGGGCAAAGCUAAGGCGCAGUGUGGUCUACAUCCACGGAGGAGGAUGGGCUCUGGCAAGUGCAAGUAUGUCUUCUGGGUGGCUGCCAUGUGCUCUUUCCACUGCAUCCUUCCACACACCUGUUUUGUGGUCUCUGGAUAAGUUAACAGCAGUUUCCCUGAGGACAUCUGAGUGGUUGAUGUAGGGUGGAACCAAUAGAUGCAAAGAGUCCUAAGUUGCAGAGAAAGCUGCCUCAUGGCAAUAAUAAUAUAGUAAUAAUUACAUAUAUAUAUAUAUAUAUAUAUAUAUAUAUAUAUAUAUAUAUAUCCUGCCCAUCUUGGCGGCUUCCAAGAAAAGAUUAGGUAAAGGUAAAGGUACCCCUGCCCAUACGGGCCAGUCUUGACAGACUCUGGGGUUGUGCGCUCAUCUUACUCUAUAGGCCGGGAGCCAGCGUAGCCCACGGAAUGCCGUUUACCUUCCCGCUGGUAAGCGGUCCCUAUUUAUCUACUUGCACCCGGGGGUGCUUUCGAACUGCUAGGUUGGCAGGCGCUGGGACCGAACAAUGGGAGCGCACCCCCCCCCCCGCGGGGAUUCGAACCGCCGACCAUGCGAUCAGCAAGUCCUAGGCGCUGAGGUUUUAUCCACAGCGCCACCCGCGUCCCUAAGAAAAGAUUAAAAAUCCAUUAAAAACUUCCCUAAACGGCUGCCUUCAGGUGUCUUCUAAAAGUCAGAUGGUUGUUUUUUUCCCUUGACAUCCAAUGGAAGGGCAUUCCUCAGGGCGGGCGCCACUACCGAGAAGGCCCUCUGUCUGGUUCCCCGCAACCCCACUUCUCGUAGGGAGGGAACUGCCAGAAGGCCCUUGGAGCUGGACCUCAGUGUCCGGGCAGAACGAUGGGGGUGGAGAUGCUCCUUCAGAUAUACUGGGCCGAGGCCAUUUAGGGCUUUAAAGGUCAGCACCAACACUUUGGCUUGUGCUUGGAAACGUACUGGGAGCCAAUGCAGGUCUCUCAGGACCGGUGUUAUAUGGUCUCCGCGGCCACUCCCAGUCACCAGUCUACCUGCCGCAUUCUGGAUCAGUUGUAGUGUCUGGGUCACCUUCAAAGGCAGCCCCAUGUAGAGUGUAUUGCAGUAGUCCAAGUGGGAGAUAACCAGAGUCAGGUGACAGUAUUGCUUACACUGACUGGCAGCUGUUCUCUGGGGUUUCAGGAAGUGGGGUCCGCUUCCACUGAGUGACAGCCCUUCCCCUAUGAAUUGGCUCCCAUAUUACACAGGAAGUUGCCCAGCAAUAAGUCAGACCAAUGCUCAUCCUGCCUCAAUACAGAAUCAUAGAAUUGAAGAGUGGGAAGGAACCCCAGCCAUCCAACCUCUGCUUAAAAACCUCCCAAGGAAGGAGAGUCCAUCACCUUCCAAGGGAGCCUGUUCCACCGCUGAACAACUCUUACCUUCAAAAAGUUCUUCCUUAUGUUUAGUCAGAAUCACCUUUCUUGUAACUUUUAAUCCAUUGGUUUGGGUUCUAGCCUCUGGAGUAGGAGAAAAACAAGCUUGCAGUGUCUUCCAUUUUGACAGCCCUUUAGAUAUUUGAAUAUGGCUACCAUAUCUCCUCUCAGUCUCCUCUUUUCCAGGCUAAACAUACCCAGCUGUUUCAACCAUUCCUCAUAAGGCUUGGUUUCCAGACCCUUGAUCAUCUUGGUUGCCUUCCUCUGUAGACGUUCCAGCUUGUCAACAUCCUUCUUAAAUUUUGGUGCCCAGAACUGGACACGGUAUUCUGGGUUGGGUUUCACCAAGGCAGAAUAGAGUGGGACUCUGAUCUACACAUUGACAGUGACUCUCCAACAUUUCAGGCAGGGGGCAUUCCCAGCCACACCUGGAGAUGCGGGGAAACAGCAUCUGUGGUUCCCAGUAUAGCAUCUUUGGGGACCCUGUGGUGUUACUUGCAGACGGAUUUUUUUUCUGGAAGCAUGUAACACGGAAGCAAGUGCUAAAAUUCAGCCAGCAGAGAACGAGACUCUUAAUCUCAGGGUCAUGGGUUGGAGUCACACAUUGGGCAAAGGGAUUCUUGCAUUUCUGGGUGUUGGAGUAGACCUUGUGGUCCCUUCCAGCUCUACAAUUCUAUGAUUCUGUUAUGUAUUGAAGUUCUCACCAUGGCCAACAGGGGUACUGUGUAUGUAGUUUUCACUCAGGUCCACGUCAGUUAAUUUAGGCGGGAAACCCUGGGGUGUCGUUGUUACAAUGUUGACAGCCGGCUGCCUAUAAAAGCAGGCCGGCUGAGCUGUUCAGUUCAGUUUAGUUUCAGCCUACUAUAAAGAACCACUUGGAGGAAUCUCUGUGUCAUCUGCUUUGUCAACCCACUACUUAAUAGCUGCUCUGAGCCCGGUCUUGGCUGGGGAGAGCGGGGUAUAAAUACAAAUUUAUUAUUAUUAUUAUUAUUAUUAUUAUUAUUAUUAUUAUUAUUAUUAGAUUCAAUGGCUUUGUGCAUGCAAAGUAGAUUCCCUUGCCCUGAGCCUGCAGCCCUUUUCUCGGUCUGUGUCUACAAACAUGACUCGUGAAUAAUGGCAGAUCUGUUGCAGCCAUUCUUGUGAUCGCAGUGGCUGGAAGAAGUGCCACGGGGCCAUGGAGAUUACUCUAGGCCUUACUUGCGAUAAGCUGGUUCGCAUCUUCCCAGCUUUAAAGAAGCUUCUCUAAGCUUUCUGUUACAAGCCUGAACUUCAGUUGCACAAAAUACAAAAGAACGUCCACGUCUCACAGACGUAAACACUCUGAAGACCAUUUGCCUGUCUGGGCACCUAUCAAACGCUGUAAUCUGCUUCAUCACGCCAGGUAGCAGUCAUCUCAAAAAGACAGUUUGGUAAAUAACUAUCUCAAGGUUAUAAGUGCAAACAGCAUUCCUCUCUGACCAUUGGUCAUGCUGGCUAGAGGUGGGGUUGCCAAACAACAUACAGAAGUCCCUGCUGCCGAUUUAAAGGAUUAAAUCUGGAUAUAUGUGAUAGCCCUGUAAUUGUCCUGAGUGUUGAUUAGUUUUAACGCCUUAGGUGUUUAGUAUAUUCUUAAUUUGCAAUCUGCCCUAUGACCAUUGCAUAAAGGGUGGUUUGGACACACCUCAUGAAAUAACUGGUUGUCUCUCUGAUUCCAGGAGGAGGUUACUAUAACAAUCUUUGCUCAAUUAUGGCUGAAUCUCUGGACGCUGUAGUCGUUUCAAUCGAGUGAGUACGGCAAGCAUGGGAUGAGCUGGUACAUCUUGGGUUUCUUUUUUUUAAAAAAAAAAUAUUAGGUAAUUCAACAAAACGUAUCUUAAAACAUAUCAUCCUUAAUUCCCUCCCCCCCCCAUUUCCUCCCUCCCAUAAAACAACCCCGCCCGCCCCCCAACUUCCCUCAGUUCAAAUUUCUGGUUUCUCUAUAAAUGCUGUUCUCUGAAUUGUAUAAGUCCUUAAUUGAUCUAAGUGAUUAUUAUCAGUAAAAAGUUUGUGAGUGUUUAUUCAAAGCCUGCCAAGGAGUCCAAUUCACUUUGUUGCAUCUUUAGAUACUUUGUAAAAGGUUCCCAUUCCUCUUUAAAGUCACAGUUAUCCUUGUCCCGUAGUUUAUGUGUCAAUUUUGCCAAUUCUGCAUAGUCCAUCAGUUUCUCUUGCCAUAAUUCUUUAGUCGGGAUUUCCUCAGUCUUCCAUCCUUGUGCUAUUAAGACUCUUGCUGCUGUCAUCGCAUACAUGAAGAUAUUUUUCAACUUCUUUGGCAGGUCUUUUCCUGCCAAAUCCCUAACAGAAAUGCUUCAGGUUUUUUAACAAAUGUUAGAUUGGAACAUUUUCUUCAAUUCAUUGUAGUACAUCUUGGGUUUCAAUGCAAUGUGGAUGGUUUGGAAAGGCUUUGUGGUUAAGACUAGCAAAACACAGUAGUUGCUCAUGUUGAUGAUGUCAGCAGGUCGAGAGGAGCAGGUAUUCUAGCUUCCUGGCAGGUGGGUUGCUGUUACUGCCCCCCAAAAAAUAUACCAGCAAAGCCAAUCCAGCAAUCCUGCCAUUGAGUUUUGACCAUGCCACCACCCACCCCAAGUAAACAACAGCGAAACACCUUUCAGGAAACUAGCACAGCCACACUGCCCUACCUGGGAAGCCACCUCCGCAUUUAGGAUAACAUUGCAAUUAUACAUGCAUUCACGCUUAUAGUUUUUAGUGAGGAAUCUGAUAAAGGAACUAGCCUUGCUGUCUGCCAAUUUCCAAACACAUUCCAAACAUUGGCGAUCACUCAUGGCCCAGUCAGAUGCUCUUCCAAACACAAUAUGUUGCCUCUGUGUUAUUAUGAAUGGUUCUACUCAGAAGCUAAGUGCCACUGUGGGGAAUACUGCCAGUUCAGGUUAAGUGUGUCUGGGAUUGCAGCCCGAGUGAAGGACCACAUUAAUUCACCUGGAUCGUCAGUGCUUUACAGGUAUAAAAAGCAUGUGGUAGAAAAUGCAAGAUGUCUGCAAAUGGUCCUGUGUUUAUUCCCCAGCAUAGCAUAUCCAGAAAAGCAGACAAUGAAAUAAAGAAAAUAAUGUAUUUGAUUCACAUUUUAAAAUAUAUAUGUACUGUAUUUUUCCGUGUAUAACAUGCCCAUGUGUAUAAGAUGACCCCUAUUUUUGGGGACUCCAAAUUAAGAAAAUGGGGGGAGAUUGCCCAGAGUUGUUGAGCUUUGUUGGGGGGGGGGGAAAUUGCCAAAAAUCACUCACCUGCCUUAGCAAUACUGCCAAUCGCAUGCGCCGCCAAAGCCACCAAUCGCACGCUCUAUUGCCGCAGCGGCAGCCAAUCAACAGCAGGCCUUUCCACAGCCUCCAGCCACCCACUAAAUUGAUGCAGCAGCAGCCAAUCAACAGCAGACAUGGCUGCAGCCGCCAAUCAACCGCCCAAUCAUCACCGACAAUCUCCAGCUCAUUGCUGCAGACAAUCGCCCGUCCCCCCUCUGCACUAUCCAUGUAUAAGAUGAGCCACAAUUUUAAGCAUUAUUUUAUAAUACAAAAACAUUGUCUUAUACACAGAAAAAUACGGUAUGUAUAAGUUGGCUAACGGUGUCUUUUAAUGGUGCAUCUAUGUGCCUUCUGUAUGGUAGGGAUAAGAUGUAUAUUUCUUUGUUACGGUGGUCGAAAUGACCAUGAUGGUCGCAACAACAAAUAAACUUUGGAAACGGACUCUGGGUAGCAGGGAUGAGACAGUGAAGAGCAGCUGCCAAGUCAGAGCAGGCAAGACUGGUCCAGAUUGUGAUCAAAUGACCUUACAUCUUCCUAGGUGAUAGGGAUACAGAUACCUCUUCCUUGUUGUGCUGUUGCAACAGUUUUCCCCCCUGCAGGGGCAAUUUCCUCGCAUUGUAGCUCAGCCUUCUGACCUGGUGCCCUCCAGCUGUUCCUGAAUUCCCACCAUCUCUGCCCUUCGACCAUGCUGCCUGGGGCUGAUGAGAGCUGCAGUCCCAAACAUCUGGAAGGGUCCAAGUCAACAGAGGUUCUGCUGUAGCUUAUAGAUUCCAAAAAGAUGUACACCGGGCCAUUGAUUGGAUGCAGUGCCGGAUUUACGUAUAAGCUAAACAAGCUAUAGCUUAGGGCCCCACUCUCUUGGGGGCCCAUCAAAAAAAUAAAGGGAAAAAUGAUGUACAUUUCCAAAAUAUAAGAUAAAAAAACAAAUAAAAUAAAGCCUACAUACAGCAACAGUGUUUUGUGGUGUGUAGGCUCCUGUGAUGUAAGUAAUGGGCCCCGCCUGCUAGCCUGCUCCCUAAAAUAUUACUGGUUUGCUCAUUUCUAUAUAUAGGGUGCCUACAUUCUGCAUGGACUGGUUGCAUGGCAACAUGGGCAAAUGGCUUUAGAUACCUAUUAGGUCCACAAAUUACCAUAUAGCAUAUAUUCAACACAAAAAAAAACAGCGACAAUUUGUUGUUGACAAAGGACAGCUGGACAUAUAAAGGGCCCCAUUACCUUCAGUGGCUUAGGGCCUCAUCAAACCUAAACCCGGCCCUGAUUGAAUGUAUUGUUCUACUAAAACCCAUUUCCAAGGCAUUAAAAGAGGCAGCCCCCGUUUAAUUGGGCAAAACGUUGGAAAAGUGUAAGGCCUUACAGAAACUGCAAGUGACAUGCAGCGUCUUUGAAGGAGGAGUUUCCUCUUCUCUCACACACAGGAUGGGCUGCCUCUUCUGUGAUGGCAUCAGUUACAACAUGCAAAGGAGGAAGGCCUUUUUUCCAAAACUGUUGCUAGGCAAUUGUUUGAAGAACUGAUGGCUGUUUACAACGCACUUGAUCAAUGGACUCGGCUCUAAUAAUUGGGUGACAAUCCUAGUGCAUACUUCAGGGAAGUUGUUUUUUUAAAAAUAAAAAAGCCAGGGCAAAUUGUUAGAAGUCCAUAGGCAAGAAGCUAUUACAUUGCAGGGGAAUAGGACAGCAAUAUCCUAUCUUCGUGCAUUAUCUUCUCAAGUAAAGUCAACAAGCAAGGUGGGAAAUGUCGAUUGUGUACAACAUUGGUAGGCAAACUAAGGCCCAGGGGCCGGAUCCGGCCCAAUCGCCUUCUAAAUCUGGCCCGCUGACGGUCCAGGAGUCAGCGUGUUUUUACAUGAGUAGAAUGUGUCCUUUUAUUUAAAAUGCAUCUCUGGGUUAUUUAUGGGGCCUGCCUGGUGUUUUUACUUGAGUAGAAUGUGUGUUUUUAUUUAAAAUGCAUCUCUGUUUUUUUUGUGUGUUUUUAUUUAAAAUGCAAGCUCCACCCCCAGUUGACAUUCCUAAAACUAUUCAUGAAUUGGAGGGCGAUCUUCUGAAGUGGGGAAUAUCCUAUACAUGUGGAUGUUCUGUUUGUGCUUUACAAUCCUAGAAAAAUCAGGUGUCUUAAACUUUGUGGGGGGGUCCUGCACACCUACAGGGUAACGAGGUGGAGCUAGUAUGCUUAUUCCCCUUGUGUGUUUACUUAAUGUGGGUCAAUAACUCCUAAAGAGGGCUUAAAAGAGAUCCUCAGUUCUUUCCCAGUGUUCAGAAUGCUAUGGGAGGGGGAGCAGAACUGAGAAUCAGAGGAAACUGUCAUGUAAGCAUUAUAGCAGAACAUAAAAGGUAAAGGUAAAGGUACCCCUGACUGUUAGGUCCAGUCACAGACGACUCUGGGGUUGCGCACUCAUCUCGCUCUAUAGGCCGAGGGAGCCGGCAUACAGCUUCUGGAUCAUGUGGCCAGCUUGACUAAGCCACUUCUGGCGAACCAGAGAAGCACGGAAACGCCAUUUACCUUCCCGCUGGAGCGGGACCUAUUUAUCUACUUGCACUUUGAUGUGCCUUCGAACUGCUAGGUGGGCAGGAGCUGGGACCAAACAACAGGAGCGCACCCCGUUGCAGGGAUUCGAACCGCCAACCUUCUGAUCAGCAAGCCCUAGGCUUUAGAAGCAAUUGCAGAUGUUGAAUUUUAAAGCCCUGGGAUAAUAGUAAACAGAACAGAGUGCUGAAGUACAAGUGUUUACUUAACUUUUUUUUUUUAAAGGCCCCUUUUCCCAGUUAUUCUUCCUCCCCCCAAAAAACAACAACCCAGUAAUUGAUUAUGCAAAAACGUACCGGUAAAUAUUCUAGUAAUGGGGUCUCUCCCUCUCUUUUCUAAUUUAUUCUGUGAUGCCAUCACUCCCAGUGGAAUACAGUGGCAAAUAACAGCUGAACUAUAAUGAUGUGUGAUUCUCUCCUUGAAGAAACCCCACAAGGAGAACUAGUUGCCUGAUUUGCUCCCUCAAGGAUCUUUUGCACUCAGAUGGUUCAUUCAUUAUCUCCCCAUAUUUACUUUUGUUUUCAGACACAAUAUAUAAAUACACACAUAUUGCUAGUUAUAAAUAUAUGUCGGCAAAUGGUUUGUUUUUGUUUGUUUUUUUGUUUACCCAAACUCUUGAUUAUUAUUAUUUUAUUUAACAAGGUCUAUAGACAGCUUAAAAAAAAAAAAAAAUCCCUAAGCAGUUUGCAUAAAACAUACAUAGCACAUUCAUAUGAAAAUACCAAUAACUUUUUCAGAAUGGAAAGUGUUCUGUUUAUUUUUAUCCAGCUCAGGGCACCAACUGCCCUCUAGUGGCCUUAUGUGCAAAUGACAAACUUUUUACAUAAAGAGCCAACUUUUCUAAGAAAACAAAUGACAGCUUUGAGCAAGCCGAAGCUAUGUUACAUCUGGAAUUUUAAGCGUGGCCGCUGGGCUUUUGUUGCUGUCUGUAGCUGCCACAGAGUGAUAUUUGUCAGGGCUGUAGCAUGCACCCUCCUCCCAUGUUCCUGAUGAAAAAAUAACACACACAUACCAGGUAACACACUCUGGUGUGUUUUGGUUCAAACAAACAGGAGAGCAUUUAUUGAUAUAGAAAUAUGAGUGAAUUGGCUCUCAUAUUAGAGACAUUAGGAGGCCGUUGCAACGUGCACAAGUGUUAGCGUCGGCCAGGCGGGUGAGUGCAAUCCUCCGUAAAAAACAACUCUGGGCAAUCUCCCCACAUUUUCUUAAUUUUUAUUCCCCCCAAAUAUGGGGCAUCUUAUACAUGGGGGCGUGUUAUACACAGAAAAGUACGGCAUUUUAUGAGAACAGGAUUCUGGACUGGCCGGUCCAUGGGCCUGAUCUUGCAGGGCUGUGUUCUUCUGUUCGUUUCGACCAUGGCAGAUUUUGAAUACGGUCCGAAGGUAGGCUGAGGCCUUAGCCUUGCCCAAUGUGAGCGCCGAGUCCAGAACGCUGCUCCCAACAGAAACUGCUUAUUUCGUUGCAGGUACAGGCUCGUGCCAGACUUCCACUUCCCAGUGCAGUUCAACGACGUCCUCCAGGCUACGAAGCACUUUAUGCUCCCGGAAGUCCUCGCUCGAUAUUCCGUGGAUCCCAGCAGAGUUGCCAUUUCGGGAGACAGCGCAGGAGGAAACUUGGCCGCUGCCGUAUGCCAAGAGGUAACACAAGUGCUUUAGGGAUCCUAAAGCGUGGAGAACAUUCUGGGGACCAUUACUCAGCGUAGAGCCACACUGCAGAAUGUCCCAGUGCCAACCCCUGUUUUCUGCAGUUUCAUAGCUGUCAGCUUACAGAUUUGAAAAUAAGGGACCAGCAGCCUCGAAAAUAAGGGAUCAGCAGCCCAAAUAAGGGAUUUUCCCAGCACAGGUAUGUUCACCUUCUGAGCCCCUCCGAGCCAAAGGCAGAAAGCCCUGCCAGCAGCCAAACGAAGCCUCAAGUGGUGGUUCCCACAGCGCAGCAACCCGGCAAAGGGGAUGCAGCAAGGAAAACCACUGUCACCUCUCUGCUGGGAAGCUGAGCAAAGGUGAGUCCCCAGGCAACGCGGCCGAUUUGAUCGGCACAAGGCAUGCAAGCUCCACCCCCCAGUCGUUCUUAUUGGGUGAGCAACGCAGCCAAGCAACACAAUUGGAGCCUCCCUCCUCCCUGGCCGGCAGGGAGAGAGGGAGAGGAGCUGCUUCCUUUGAAACCCGGGAAAUUUAAGGGACAUCAUCAAUAAGGGACAGCAGCGGGACACGGCGCUGGGAUAAGGGAGUUUCCCACCAAAUAAGGGACGGUUGACAGCUAUGUGCAGUUUGCAGCACCCAGUAACCGCAGACUACAGAAAACAGUGAUUGGAAGCAGGACAAGCAAAGCAUGGCUCUAGCAUGGGUUAUGGUCCCAGCAUGAUCUCCAUACUUUAGGAAGGACAUGGGCAGCCAACUGGCAGCCUCCAGUUGGACCAGAGCUCUCAUCAGCCCAAUGAAUCCGAGGACACACUUUUAAACUUCAAUGGAUUUUGUAUGGGGACUGAUUUGUAAAUCCGGGGUAAAUUUGGUAACCUUUGCCUAGAGCACCAUAUUGACUAUCCCUGAUUUACAGUUCACAGUGAAAUCUUCCACUGCCAACGCCCUUCUUCUUGCCAAAGCAGUAGCCAAUUGCGCCCCUGUUUCCAGCAGGAAAUCAUUGUGUGAGAAGAUGGGAUACGAUGCAAGUUUAAGCAGGCGUCAGUCAUUGGUUUGGACUGUAAGCCAACUUCCAGGUUAAUAGCUAAUGGAAUAAUUAAUGGGAAAGUGGGACAUGAACAUGUUUGAAGAGUAGAACUGAGUCUAAAUUAAAGCCUUAUUUAUUAAAUUUGUGUACCGACCUUCAUCCGUUGAUCUCAAGGUGGUUCAUAACAGAAAACUACAAUAUGAAAAACAUAUUGCGAUGGCCAUUGGCUAUAAACAAUAAAACUUCUAUGAAAAACACCUCGUGCCUAAAGGUAUGUAAUAAAGGCACCAGGCGAGUCUCCCUGGGGAGAGCAUUCCACAAAUGGGGAGCCACUGCAGAGAUGGCCCGUUCUCAUGUUGCCACCCUCCGGACUUCUUGAGGAGGAGGCACAUGAAGGCCUCAGAGGAUGAUCUCAGGGUCUGGGUAGGUUCAUAUGGAGAGAGGGAGUCCUUGACAUUAGUUCUUGAAUGAUAAAGCUGCUUAACUUCUGUGCUUCCUUUUGACACAAACAAUCUGUAAACUGCAGGACCUCCAACUUCACCCAUCUUGAGUGAGGUCAGUUAGUGAAGUUUCUUAUACGCUGUUGCUGCUUUCUGUUGACAAGUGUGGGUGUAGGGCUUCUUCUCAAGCACUAAAUCAGAAAUGGGGGACCUGUAGCCCUCCGGAUGUUGCUGAACUCCAACUCCCAGCAUCCCUGGCCACUGGCCACUCUGGAUGGGGGCUGAUGGGAGUUGGAGUCCCACAACUGUAUUUUAACCACUUGUUUGAUUUUGUGUUUUUAAUGUAUUAUAUAUUUGGUGUUAGCUGCCCUGAGCCCGGUGUUGGCUGGGGAGGAUGGGGUAUAAAUAAAAAUUUAUUUUUAUUAUUAUUAUUAUUAUUAUUAUUAUUAUUAUUAUUACAUUUGGAGGACAGGGCACUAAGUGUUCCAUUAAAUCAUUGCAAUGGGUGUGAUGAUGCCACAGCACAAAUGUUACAAGCUUUCAAGUUCUCCAGAACUCAUCAGGGAAAGAGGUUACCAAGGUUGUGGAAAGGCAAUAAACAAGUAAUUAACCCACACCUUAGGUAGGUUUCUACAUGUGGAUUGAGUAAGAUGCCAAACUCUCCUCACAGGGGCUUUGAUAACUGAAAUAAGAGGAGGAUACUUUGAGCGGAGAUCCUGUGAAUGUUUUGCCUUGUCUAAGGUGAUACUGACUUCAGGGUAAACAAAUGCUAGAUUGGGUUGCAUGACUGUCGAGUGCUAGAGACUUUCCAGAUCACUUACAAGAAGCAGUUAAGUCUUAUUUGUGCUCCAUCUCAGCAUACACACUCUUUUAUGGGGGGCGGGGUAGCAAUGUUUGUUUGCUGCAGUGAAAAACGCCCGUGUCUGAAAGAUUAACACAUUUUAUUAUUUCAUAAGCUGUGGCACCUCACUCUUGUCAGACGCAUGGACUUUGAGCUUCCAUUAUCAUGUGUGUGUCUACAGUAUAUACUCAUAGGAAUAAGAGGAGGAGAGAAUGUAAAGGUUGGAGGUAGGGAUCUCAAGAGGAUUUCAGUCCAGGUUGGAUUUUGCCAUGAACUGCUCCUCAUUUGUUUCAUCAAACCACCUCUGCACCAGGUAAAAGCACUUUUAAAAAUGGUGCAGGAAGCAGCAAUAUGUCACUUCCUAUGUACAGUGGUACCUGGGGUUACAGACACUUCAGGUUACAGACUCCUCUAACUCAGAAAUAGUACCUCGGGUUAAGAACUUUGCUUCAGGGUGAGAACAGAAAUUGCGCAGCGGCAGCAGCAGCGGGAGGCCCCAUUAGCUAAAGUGGUACCUCAGGUUAAGAACAGUUUCAGGUUAAGAACGGACCUCCAGAACGAAUUAAGUUCUUAACCCGAGGUACCACUGUAAUUGGAUACACAAUGGGAUGCUCUAUCUGCGACAAAAUGGCCGCCCUUUUGAAGCUGUUCCAAGCAGAUUUACAGAAUUUAAAUGUGGGGUGGGGAGAUAGUAACCCCUCUGUUCACCUUGUAAAUACUCCACUCAUGUUUUUUGGUGACUAUUCUGAUGUGCAGAUUGGGGAUGUCACCAGAAUUAUCUUCUAAAAACUGUGCAGGAACCAGAUGGGAAAUACUUUACUGCAUCCAUGUGUGGGACCGGGAUGGACUGGGAUUGCAUCGUCUCAUGGGAAGUAAAUGGCAACAGAAUGGGAAAAGUACAGUCUGGAAGAGUUCAGUUGGAGGAUUGUCACAGAGUACAAUUUAUUCCACAAAAGCUUGCGCCACCAAAAAAAAAACAAAACAAAAAACCAGUCUUGAUGGCUUAAUGUUCUGUUCUCUGAUGAGAGUGAAAUUUACUUUUGAGGGCAUCAAAGAAAAUAAAGCAACCCAUUUCUCAUUGUGUUUACAUAUGUUACGUUGUGAUAGUAUUGCAUACAACAUCUGAAUCGUGCCCUGUUUGUCUGCCUUGCUUCCGCAGAUGACUCAAGCGGAAAAUGUAACCACCAGAUUUAAACUGCAGGCUCUAAUUUAUCCAGUCCUUCAGCCGUUCGAUUUCAACACGCCCUCGUACCAGCAGAAUGAAGUCACGCCUGUCCUUCCCCGUUUUGUCAUGGUGAAGUUCUGGAUAGAUUACUUCAACGGAAAUUACGACUUUGCCCAUUCCAUGGUGGUCAACAACCACACCGCCCUCGACGUGAGUGAGGCCAAUGCCUUCAGAGAACACCUGGACUGGACUUUCCUCCUACCUUCGAGGUUCAGGAAGAACUACAAACCUGUCGCACACACGACGGGAAAGGCAGAAAUAAUCCGGGACAUACCUGCCUUGCUAGAUGUCCGUGCCGCUCCCUUGCUAGCUGAGAAGGAAGUGUUCCGCAUCCAGCCAAAGACUUACAUCCUGACUUGCGAGAUAGAUGUUCUGAGAGAUGAUGCACUCAUGUAUGCCAAACGGUUAGAGAAAGCAGGUGUGGCGGUGACUAUCGACCAUUUUGAAGACUGUUUUCACGGCUGCAUGAUCUUCACCGUUUGGCCUACCAAUUUUUCUGCAGGAUUCCAAACCAGGGACAGCUACAUCAAGUGGCUUAGUCAAAACCUGUGA